AAGGGCGUGUUGCCUACAACUCCCAGCGGCCAGUCGAGUUACCAAACUUCAGUGGAGAGUAAAACAGCGAGGAGACAACCGUGGACUAAAACGAGAAGCUAUUUGUUUCGUUAUUUUGUUGUUGUUGGUGAAUACAUGUUAGCUAUGUCAUCUAUGUAAUUGUACACGAUAGCGAGUUAAUAUAACACACGGUAUAUUUAGUCUUUAAUUGACAGUCUAGAAAAAAAUAAACUAAUGAGACUAUAAAGGAAUGUUUUGGUGAAAACGAAAGCUUGACGCUUCCACCGAAACAAAACAGCAGUCAUUAUAUAUACAGUUUCCUGGUAUUCAUUGCACAGCCUGAAUGGAAAACGUUUUAUAUUGUUAGUUAACCAGAAAGCUAACUAACUCUUUAGUGUCUCUAGUGAGACUUAUCAAGACUCGACAGCAUCGAUAAACCAACUAUGGACGGAUGUCAACCAAACAUGCGGCAAAAUAACAACGAAAAAAGUGUAGAAAAAUGUAUGGACGAAUACCUGAAAUCCAUCGGCUUUCACCGGAAAAAAAUAGCCAAAGACGGGUCGUGUUUAUUUCGGGCUGUAGCUGAACAGGUGUUACACUGUCAAAGCCUCCAUACCAAAGUCCGUGCCACCUGUGUGCAGUAUCUAAAGAAGAACAAGGAGAACUAUGCAGCGUUCAUAGAAGGAGACUUCGAGGAGUACAUAAUGAAACUUGAGGACCCUCAGCACUGGGUGGGAGAGGUGGAGAUAUGUGCACUGGCUCUGAUGUACAAGAGUGAUUUCAUCAUCUUCCAGACCCCUGGUAAACCUCCUGUUCAAAUCACGGACAACGGCUUUAAUGACAAGGUGCGUCUGUGCUUCCUGAACGGGAACCAUUACGACAGUGUCUACCCCAUAGCUCAUGUGAAGAAUGCUGCCCUGUGCCAGUCCGUCCUGUACGAGCUCCUCUAUGAGCGCGUGUGUGGCACGGACCAUUCCGUGGUGGCUCCCUGUCUGAAGGGCGGUACCGGUAACCGUGGUAACGACCUUCUCGAAGACGACCCGGACAACGAGCAGUGUCGUAGCAGCGACGAGUCGGACCUGGAGGGAGAGGACGCUCUCUGGAGCCAGGAUGGACCAGCUGGACCUGCAGCCCGGGGACUCACCGCUAAGGGUCGAGGAAGUCGAGGCCCACCCUUCUCCAACAGGGUCAGACGUUCUCUCAAUCCCUUCCUCUACAGAAACACUGAGUACGAUGUCUGGGUCAAGUCCAAGAGAGCUCAGCAGAAGCUGGAUUUCUGCAUCGCCGCUGGGAUGCAGUAUACAGUGGGAGACAAGUGCAAGGUUCGCCUUGACAACGGUGGGCGUUACUAUGGCGCCUACAUCCAGGAAGUGUCGCCUGACAACGGGCCCGUCACUGUCUUCAUAGAGGAACUGGGCAAGAAACACACUGUGUCCCUCUGGAACCUGCGCCCCCCCACAGAUGAGACGUUGUCCUGGAGCACGGUGGCCCGAGACGGAAAGAGACUGAACAACGGCUCUGCUCCAAACUCUGAUUGGGAGGGCAGGGGAAGAGGGAGGAAGUCAGGGAAGCCUUCAACGCCGUCGGCAACGCCGUCUGUCUCCCAGGCUAAAGGACCCUCCCAAAGUGGUGGCCGCGGUGUCCAGAAGCCCCUGCAGGCCACCGUAGAGGAGGGAGGUGUCCGGAGCACCAACACCAGGAGACCCUCUUCCAGCUCUGUGUCAGAGGCAGCAUCAGUAGCAGCAGUAGCAGCAUUUGGUCUAUCAGAGGCACAGCGUCAAGCCAAAGAGGAGGAGCAGAGGAACAUGGCCCUGCUGGAGAUGGCACUACGGGAUGAGAGAAGCUUCCCUGCACUGGGGGUGGUGUCUAAUGCCAGUGAGGGGAAGAAGAGGACAGGCAGAGGCAUGAGGAGAUCAACACUAGAGGAGGAGAGGAAGACCCCAUCACCUCCUUCUCCUAACCUUCCUCCUACUCCUAACCUUCCUCCCACUCCUAACCUUCCUGCCACUCCUAACCUUCCUGCCACUCCUAACCUUCCUGCCACUCCUAACCUUCCUGCCACUCCUAACCUUCCUGCCACUCCUAACCUUCCUGCCACUCCUAACCUUCCUGCCACUCCUAACCUUCCUGCCACUACUAACCUUCCUGCCACUCCUAACCUUCCUGCCACUCCUAACCUUCCUGCCACUCCUAACCUUCCUGCCACUCCUAACCUUCCUGCCACUCCUAACCUUCCUGCCACUCCUAACCUUCCUGCCACUCCUAACCUUCCUGCCACUCCUAACCUUCCUGCCACUCCUAACCUUCCUGCCACUCCUAACCUUCCUCCCACUCCUAACCUUCCUCCUACUCCUAACCUUCCUCCUACUCCUAACCUUCCUGCUACUCCUAACCUUCCUGCUACUCCUAACCUUCCUGCUACUCCCAGCCUUCCUCCAACCACCAUUCCUUCCACCCCUAUCCAUGUCAAAUCCUGGCCUAAAACAACUGCUGCUGUUCCUGUCGUCCCCACCCCUCACCUCGUCCCACCUGUGUCUGGGGUUUUAACUGCCCUACCUCUGGUGACCUCUGUGCCCGACACGGUGACUUCUGUGCCCGACACGGUGACUUCUGUGCCCGACACGGUGACUUCUGUGCCCGACACGGUGACUUCUGUGCCCAACACGGUGACUUCUGUGCCCGACACGGUGGACCAAUCCCCUCAGACAAUACAGACUGUCCCUCUCAACCCCCCCUCUCUCAAUCUCACCCACCCCUCCUCUCUUCCACAAUCUGGUCAACCCUAUGUACCCCAAUGUUCUCUCUCCCAGCCCCCCCUCUCCCAGCCCACCCUCUCCCAGCCCCCCCUCUCCCUGGAUCCUCCAUCCAGUGAGGUCUCCUCAGCCUACACCCCAGCUUUAUCCCACAUCGGUGUUCCCCCCACUUCCUUCCUCCCCACCAACCACCCUCCUCAUCCUUCCUCCCACCCUUCCCUUCCCCCCGGGCUCUCCCCAGCCCCCCUCCAGCCCCAGACUGUCACCCAGCCCCCCCUGUCGUUCCACCAGCUGGCUCAUCUCUACCAAGACCCCUUGUUCCCAGGGUUCCCUUUGUCUGACAGGGAAGAGAUAGUCCAGACUCCCCCUUAUUCUUAUAUCCACACGGGAGAGGACCUGCCACGAGAUGUCAACAUCCUGAGGUUUUUCUUCAACCUUGGUGUGAAGGCGUUCACCAACCCCAUGUGGCCCCCCCACUCUUACAUCCUCCCUCUUCACCAGGCCUACAGCAUGCAGCCCAAACUACCCUCAGUCUCCCUCCCCUCUUCCCACUGGUACCCCUCCCACCCCUCCACCGCGCCCCAGGAGGGGUAUGGACACCCCCACCCUCAGUACCCCUCCUCCUCGGGUUUGGGGGGCCUCCAUCUGCAUGACAACCUCCCGAGAUCAACCCCCCAAUUGGCUGCAGAACCUCCCCAGCAUAUGGAGUUCAGAUACGGGCAGGAUGGGCGCUCCGCCCUGGGGUACCCUUCCAACCGCCACCUUCACCCUGCCUCAACCCAGCCCGUGCCGUUCCAGCCACGUAUGGCUGGCUCUCUACCCUGGUGUAGCAACGUUACCCCGCGACCGAACGCCUACGCUGGGGUAUGUUCUGUACCCACACCCCUGACACAAUACUCUCCACAAGCACCCCAACCUGCACCUACCAACCAGUACCCGACUGCACCUCCCAACCAGUACCCGACUGCACCCCAAUCCUCUACCCACACCUCUCAAGCUCAGCCCUACACUCCAGCUCCAGCCACCUCCCCUCCCUCCGUACCCCAGUACCAAUCAGCGGCUCUGGGGUACCCUCCCCCGAGGCUGCCCAGUGGGAACCAGACCCAAGGACCGCUGGAUCCUCGCCCCGCCAGUGGUGCCUCUUCCCUGGGUAUGAGGUCCAGCCACAGCCCCCUGGAGAUCCCUAAUGCUAAUACUACCUCUGUUGUCAAUAUUACUACUGAUGCUACUACCUUGUCUAGUACUACUGCUUCCAACACAGAGAGAGCUUUACAGACUGUUCUUGCAGGCUUCGCAGACAGAGGACAGGGAGACAUGAAGACGGCUGGCACUCUGCUAGUGAACCCUCUUCCUCCUCCUGAGCAGGUCACAUGGGUCCCCGAGGGUCACCUGAUAACAACAGUAAGUGCCCAGACCGUGUUCAAGGAUGUAUCCGUCGGCAUGGCGAUGCAGGGUGCGGGCGACGCCCCCAUGACCCAGAGCGGGGCGGAGUUUAACAUGAAAACGACCAAUGAGACGACGGGGGGGAGCUGGGGCGUGACUUCAUAUUUAGUGCCCCAGGCCCCAAGCGGCGUAACAUCAUUGGACCGAGACUGGGAGGGAGGGGAGUGGCUAGACCCUAAUGACCACACCCUCAGAAACGGAAAGAAGUUCUACAGUCGCUCCUUCAGAGGUGGAGGAGGGAGGGGAGGACACGAGGAGGGAGGAGGAGCCAGAGGGUAUAGAGAGAACCGUUGGAGGGGGGAGAGACGGGGGGUAGGAGGUUACCGAGGAGUGGGGAGGAGAGAUAACAGGGAAGGUUUCCGGGAGCAAGAUCGAGGGGACAGGAAGCAGGAAGGAAGAGGGGGCGACGCCACCUCUAAAGGACAAAAUGUGAGGGGUCGGGGGAGGAGCUACCACUACAAUCAACAGCAAUCCAAUGGCAGAGAGGCAGGCAACUCUAGUGGGAUGAGGAACCCCCCUUAUACAGAUUUGUGAGAUUUGAUUGGCUGAUAUGUUUUUUUUGGGGGGGGGGGGGAUUGUUUAUAUUUUUGUUUUUUUUCUGAUUUGGUAUUUUAAUCGUCUGGUUUGUGGGAUUAUAUAGCUGUCGUUGGACUCCUCUUUUAAAAAAGAAAAAAAAAUCUGUCAAGUGUCUCCGUGUUAUUGUUGCUUUCUGGACUCAGGCUGUAUCCCAUAUAUAGUGCACUACCCCCCCCCCCCCCCCCCCCCCCCCAUAGGGCCCUGGUCAAAAGUAGUGCACUAUAUAGGGAUUAGGGUGUCACUUGGGAUACAGACUAUCUCCUCUGAAAGAUGUUAAUCCUGCACAGGUAGUUAAUGUUAUUCCAGGUAGAUGUUAUUCCACUUAGAUGUUUGAAUUUUCAUUUAAUAAAAGUUUGCUCUAUUUGACAUUUCCUUUA